GGGCAGCUCCGCCCCGCUCCGCCCUGCGCGACAUCGCGGACACCCGGCGAGCGGGAGGCGGCGGCGGAACGUCGUAACGCGGCGCGUAAGAGACGUACUUCAGAACUUGUGGUACAGAUUUUGAAGGCUACUGAUAUACUUCGGUUACUGCCCAGUUCCAUUUACUGUCAUGCAUGUGAUCCCAUUAAAAUGGAUCUUUUUCUUUCUUCUCAUAUUUUCUGUUGUAACCAUGUGGUACAUUACUUUUUCUUCAAACGUUGUGGUUGAGCACGUGAACAGCAUGUAUUUCUAUGAGUAUGAACCGGUUUACAAGCAAGCCUACCUCUUCACAUCAAAUCAACGCUUGAAAUGCAAAGACAUUAAUCCAUUUCUGGUCAUCUUGGUGUCUUCGAGACCUAAGGACGUGAAGUCAAGGCAAGCCAUAAGGAUAACAUGGGGAUCUGAAAGCUUCUGGUGGGGACAUCGAGUUCUAACCCUGUUCUUAUUAGGUCAGGAAACGGAAACAGAGGACAAUUCCGCAGCACUCUCAGUAGAAGAUGAAAUCAUACUCUAUGGUGACAUAAUUCGCCAAGAUUUUAUGGACACUUACAACAAUCUUACCUUGAAAACAAUCAUGGCGUUCAGAUGGGUGACUGAAUUCUGUUCUAAUGCUAGAUUCGUCAUGAAGACAGAUACUGAUGUCUUCAUCAACACUGGUAACUUAGUGAAGUUUCUUCUGAAGUUCAACUCCUCGGAAAGCAUUUUUACAGGUUAUCCUCUUAUAGGUAAUGUUGCCUAUAGAGGCUUUUACCAAAAAACAUACAUUUCUUAUGAUGAAUAUCCGUUCAAGUCUUAUCCUCCAUACUGCAGUGGAAUGGGUUAUGUACUGGAUGGAAAACUGGCUCUGAGGAUUUAUGAACUGAUGGGUCAUAUCAAACCUAUAAAGUUUGAGGAUGUUUAUGUUGGAAUUUGCUUAAAUAUACUUAAGGUGAACAUCAGUAUUCCAGAAGGUAAUCAACAAUUCUUUAUUGAUAAAAUUGAUUUUGAUAUCUGUAAGUACCGACGCUUGAUUGCAGUGCAUGGCAUUACGCCAAGUGAAAUGAUCAGGUUCUGGAAGGAUUUGUCAUCCGUCAUUUCAGUUACUUGCCUUUGACUCUGUAUUAAUAUAUUGAUGAAUGUAUCACUUGUAUCACUUGAAUCUUUGAAUUCCAGUGUAAAAAUGUUGAACUGAAGUACGGGGCAACAUAGAACAAAAACAGGUGUUGAGAUGACAUUGAUUGAAAGCCAGCUGUACUGCAGAAGCAGAACUGUGAGGGCAGCAUUCUUCUGGGAUCCUCUGAGGUUCCUGGUGCCUUUAUUUAGGAACUCACAGAGCACAUUUCCACGUGCCUAUCCUAUGCACAGAGGGUAUUUGGAAUGCACUGCACUGUCUUGCUUUGACCCUUCUCCGUGCACUCUGCUGUAACCAUGGGAUGUCUGCCCAAAUCUGGAAUUCAUGAAGUGUCACUGAAGAAUAAUGUUUAUGUCAAGAAAUGAGCUGGGAAGAUGCUUCUCACAUCACUGCUUAAUGAUAUUUCUUUUGGUCCUUUUGUGAACUGCAUGAUCCUUUGCCACCCUCAAGUAUUUGUUCUCUGCACAGCACAAAACUUGGAGCUACCUUCUUGUUUAAAAUGUAUCCCCUCUGUCCUUCUUCUAGGAGCUUUGCAUCUUCUCAUUUAAACAGUGUUUGAAUGUAUGUAUGUUUAUAGUCUGUGUUCAAAUGUAAGCUUAUUUGUAUACAUGCAAAAUAGAAUUGCUUUGAUGUCUUUCAGGUAGAACUGCUAAUGCUCACAGGCUGUUACAGAGCUAGAUGCAGAAGAGUUCACGUGCAGUUCAGGUAUGAGAUGUCUCAUGCAGUGCUGUUAUCAGAUAACACGGGUGUGUGUGUGCUGAUGCACCCCAAGUUAUUGUAGCUACCCAGGGAAGAUUCAGACAGAUGUGCUUAAGUUGUGACUUCAUAUCCAUUUCAAAAAUAGUUUUCUUGCUUGAAAUUUUAAAAUGAAAACAAGAAUGACAUUCUAGGCUUCUCAUGUCUUAAAGAAGACAAACGUGACUGUAUCUGUAAAGAUGGGUAUUUUAACCACUUUAUUCAUAUCAGCAAGGCCAAGGUUUCAGUAGUUUACACUUUUAAUUGACAGCAAUACAGAAUUUGCAAUUGCAUGAACAUAAUUAUCCUAGACACAUCUAAUACACAGUGAAGAUACUGUAGUUACAUCCUGUACAUCUAGAAUGACAGAGCACUGCCACCUUUUGUUCUAUAGCUAAUGUGUUACGACAUAUUUACAUUUGGCUGUCUUUCAGAUAGUCUCUUAGAGACGAAUUAGAAGAGGUGCAGAAACCUCCAGUACCCAGACUGAGGUUUCACCAAUGUUUUUGUUACAUUGUGGUAAUGGUCAGUAUUGACUUCUGUCUUUUCCAUAACUGUACAUGAUUUUACAGUGGAAUUAUCGAACAUUACCUUUUGAAAUACAAAAAUGAUGUCUUGGAGAGAAUAUUGUCUAAACAAGUAUUUCAGAUUUCAGUGUUCUAAGAAUGUUUGCCAAGAAGGUCAAAGUUUUUCAAAAAUGCAUUUUGUUGCUGCUGUUAAACUAAUAGCUAAACAUACAGUAUUGCACAACUGAGGAAAGAAUGCUCGGUGGUUCCUUGAACAGAGGAAGCUGCAGCUGUUCCUCUGGGUUUGGGCUCCAUUGGUUGGUGGGCAGCACUGUGGUCAGCUCCCAGGAGCUCUGCUAGCAGUGUGAACUGUUUGUUGGUUGUUUACACAUGGAAAUAAAAAACCCUUCUUGUUUUGCUUUUAUGCCUGCCAUGUUACAUGUUUAGAAAUAAAUGAUUUCUGACAAGAACACUGACACCACAGUACAGUUUGUAUUGCUUCUUCAAAAAAAUGUGACUGUGAAAGACUAUGCAAUAUUCAGCAGCUGGGUAGGGAGAGCAGACAGUGCUCCUGGUGAGAAUAAAAUGACUCUGGUGGAGAAAUGGCUGCACUGUACUGCUGUAAAAGUGUGCGUGUCACCAAGCCAGCAUUGCUAUAUUGGUGCUCCAGAAUGAUAACACUGUUCAUAGACUACAGGGCUUCUGCUUUCUCAGAUGUAGGUUUAAAACAGCCAUCUGUUUAUGCCACCUGACACUGUAACUUAAGAUCAUCAAAGUUGCACUGUAAAGUAUUACAGAAUCUGUGCUUGAGUUUUUUGUAAAAACUCACUUCCAGAUACAAUUCAUAUUUGAACCCAACCUUCUUAUUGCUUAAAAGACUGUAAUAAUGCAUAACUAAGAUCACAUGUCUGCUUAAAGCAACUAUUGGAAGAGUUUGGUGUGGGCUGCCAUGCAAGAGGUAAAAAAAGCUUACCAUUGGGAACUGAUGUCAGUAUUUAAGUCAGUGGUGGGUGCAAAUUUCAUAGCACCUGCUUAGAGCAGUUUACUGAAAAUGAAUCACAAACUAUAGGCUAAAUUUUUUCCACAUCCUAAGAUUCUUAUGCACACAAGUGUCUCAACCAUAUUCCAGCAGAAUUCCAAGGAACUGUGAUUUUAAUAGGAAAACUGGGGGCUUUCAACCUUGGAAAGUGGAAUAAUUGAUUGGACAAAGAUGUUUGGAAACUGCUUCUGGGUGCAUAGCAAGAGGAGCUUACUGUGUACAGUGCCAAUCCUGUGUAUUAUCCAUACGAGUCCAUAAGUCAGAAUGGUUCAAGGUGUUGUGUGCAUUCCCAAAUAAAGCUCAAUGUAAGUCAGGAAGCAGGUGCUGCAGAUUCAGAGGCCUUAUUUUCUGUAGUCAGUUCAGCAUUAAGAUGAUUUAGUUUGAAACAUCUAUGUUUUACAUUGUCUAGUUACUAUUAACACAGUUCAAUGCAAGUUCAUUGUAAGUAGUUCAACAUCUGGAUGCACAUUAAAAUAAUGUAAAUUUAUUCUAUUUCUUUUAAAUUAAACUAGAAACUGACUGGAGGUUAAUCAGACUGUGACACUGAAUUCCUGAUCUGUCUGCCAGAUAUGUUAGACAUGCAAAAGGCGUUUGGGAGGCAGAGCUCUACUCCAUGUUUUUCAUCUCUAUUUUUGUCUGACUAGUGUGUGCCAUUUGGGCUGCUUUGUCUACAGCCUGCUUAAGGCAGAGGUGUAGGGGUAAGAGAUGAUUUUCAUAGACUGCAGAAAGUUUUAAAGCAGUUACUGUGUAUUGCCAUACCCAAAUGCAAAAGCUCUGUGUAAGAAGGAAAGCAAACAGAGUUCAAAUGAAGCUAGGCAGAUAGUUUGUUUCUUGUUAUGAGUAACUGAGUCCUUAUUCUAAAGAAACCUAAGCUUGUAAAAAGCAAACAGAACCCCUUCCCCCUGUCUAUAUACUGGGUUUCUAAAAACCACUUUCUCAGUGUAGUUGCUCUCCUUGAAAUGCUGUUACAUGAUUUUCAGCUAGUCAGUAUAAACCUGCAACUCGUAGGAGGAAAUGUGUUUUAUAGCACAGCUUCACAGAGUCACACAGAAUCAUAGAGUUGUAAGGGCUGGAAGGGACCUCCAGAGAUCACCUAGUCCAACCCCCUGCCAAAGCAGGCUCUCUAGGCCACUUGCAGUGCUGGGGCUCUGGGACUUAGUUGUCCUCCAAUAAAAUAAGCCUUUAAAAAUACAGAGUUCACCCCGGGUGACCUCUGCUGGGACAGCUUCUGUCUCUAAGCGCUGUUUACCUCCAGCCUUCUGACAGUUGCUAUGCAGCACAUUAAUUUUCCAGGUCACAUUAAUCCUGAUGACCUGAAUGAAGUUUUUUUAUAGUGGAGUGACGAUGGCGUAGCUGUUGUGUGCAUCCCAAUCUGCAGCCUGAAGCCCUAUCUGCUCCUCUCAGUAAUGCUUUGUUUGUGGUGGUCCUUAAAGCAAGAGUAAAGUGCAGUCUCCUCUGAGCUUGCAGUGAAGAUGUAAUCUUAAAAAACACUUCUGGCUUUGAGAGAAAAAAUGUUAAAAAGAAGCCUGAAGAGGCUCUCAUCUAAGAUAAAACAGCACUGUUACACUAAAUGGAAGCUGCCUUCACUAAGACAAAUUGCUUAAACAUUGUGAUUUUCUUGUCUUGUAUGUUCUGUUCUGUGGGCUUUUCUCUAAGAAACAUCUGCACUGUCCAUACAGAAUCCUCAUGUGCAGGUCAUUUUCCUAAUUAGUUUUUCUUUAUUGUUCUUUGAGAGCACUUCCAAGUACUGUGGGUAGCAGUGGUUUUGCAGUCACUCAGUCUAACAGUGGAAGAGGCAUUUACACAGCCGUGCUUGCUGGGGUGCUGAGCAGGUAUUUGACUGCCAGUCUGUACAGAUCGACUUCAUGACUAUUAUUGUUUCCAAGAUUAAAGCUCAUGCAGUUAAAGUGCAUCUGCAGUACUCUCACACCCCUGACUACAGUGUAGGAAUGCCACAGAGCAAUGUUCGACAGUCCCACAUCUACAUUUCUAUAACACUGAAACUGAUCGCUUGUUUAGCUUGGUGGAAUACAGGCUGAAAUGGAAUGCUGAGCAUCUUUGUCCCAAGAAGUACUAAUUGUCACCACAGGCUUAAAACAUGGCUAGUUCUUUAAAUGCAGGACCAAGUGCUUCAUUUCCCUAUUGCUCAACUAGUUUAGAGUUCAUCCUUAAUAUCAGAUAUAGGAGCCGACCUACUCAUAAAAUUGGAUUUCAAAACAUUAGUUAAGAUUUGCUCUUGACUUAAGCUUCUAUUUAUGGCUUUAGACAAACUUCAACUGCUUUGGCAGCACACGUUUUGCUUAACAGAGCAAAAUAUAUGUAAAACAUCUGUAUAACCAGAGACAAACUGAUGCCUAGGACACCGCUACCUAGGGCAAAACUGUAUUUAAAACUGCUGCUUACCUAAGCCUGUUGGUACUAUACAAAUAAAAGUAACUCAAAAUUCAAAUCAAUAUAGACUUAAUUGUAAAUAUCUUACUAGGUAGCAUUAGAUAUGACUCCACAGAUUUAGAAAGGUAAGUUAUACAUUGACAGGACUGAAGGGCAGCAGCUCUGGUCUGUAUGGUUGUCAAACUUGAGCAGAAUUUUCUAACUUUUAAUCUCACGAUUUUGUAUGGCCAGGUUGCAGGAUAGAGGCCUAAAAACUUACUGCCUAGAAUGAAAGCUGACGAGCUGGGUUUUUUUCUUUGAUAUAAGCAUUUAUGAAAUGUUUCUCUGUAUCAAGUAAUUAUUAGAUACAUUAGCGAUACAUUAAUAGUAUAUAAAGCAAGGGUGUUGUAUAUUCUGAGGUGAUGUAAUGCAGCAAGCAUGGUUACUUCAGGCUGAUGUGGUGUUUGAGUACAACCUUCUGUAUUCUAAAAUUUGCACAACUUUUAUUUUACUGUAUGUAAAAGGUAUCAUAGUGUAAUAGUAGCAGUAGUUUUGGUACUGACCUUCAGUUUACAAGUCAGUAGCUGGCAGGGGAUGCAGGGCAUAGUUAUGGUAUGCCAGACUGUUUCACACAGUUUUAGCAACCAAGUGCCCGCAUUUCUUAGCUAUGCCUAUGGCUGCACUUGUUUUGCCUGUGCUGCUUUAGCAGCUGGGAGAAUGGUCUGCAUUAACCUUACAGCGAACAUGUGCACAAGGCACGGUGCAGUCUGAGAUCACAUUUUCCAAAUGCGCUACCAGAGCAGUUCGCGCUGAGAAGCCCAGCAGGGCUCAUGUGCUGAUGCCUGCCACUGGGCGGAGCUGUGAGAUCACGGCUGGCAUUCCCUCUGCUACGGGGAGCUACAAAUGGCCACACUGGUAGCCCUGCCAUUGCUGGGAGGAGCAGCCUUUCUAAGUCCGCACGUUAUCCACACGACACACGACAUGGCAGUAUCUCUAUCACAGGAGUUAUACUGAUGUUUUCAGUAGCACUAAGAGCCUAAGCUCUGUAUGUCAGAUUGGACCGUAUGAAAAAUGCUCUUUGUCAGCAGUUCAAUAUAUCAGCACCUGCUUUAAGAACAGAUGCCGCCGAUGGACCUACUCUGGCUUAACCAUCAAAAGACUUUCACAAACGUGUAACACAGGAAUCAGGGAGCUCUGAGACAUAUGUGAGGCACUUUAACCAAAAUGUGCAUCCCUUCUCUGGGCAGGAGCCUAGGCAGGAAAGCAGCACUGGAUGGUGUGUGGAAAUUGCUACCUCUCCAAUGCUGGACCACGUUCUGUUGCACAGCUCUGACAUUGUGGGGAUAUUUCUUUCCAGAUGUAGAAUAUAGGAUAGAUGGGAUAUAUCAGAGCAGUGGAGGAUCUUUCAGGCUGUACAGCAGUAUGUACAUUAGCUAAUCUUGUCAUCCAACAGCUGUAUGUAACACAACAGAAUUUGGCACAAAUUGGCAUGACUGGAAAGCUAGAACCAGAUUAGCAAGCUUCUUAGAAGACAUCUAAUGAGUAACAUGGGUAGGCACUGCAUAUGCGGAAGACUGCACAAAGCCUGUCAUCUUCAUUAGUCCUUCAUCUUUUUAAACCUAAAGUAGCUGUAAGUAUAGAAUCAUGGACUCAUUAAAGGUGGGAAAAGUCCUCUAGGAUCAUCUAGUCCCACCAUCCAACCCAUCACCACCAUGCCCUAAACUAUCUUUGUUUAAAAAAAUAAAAAAAAAUUAAGAAAUAUCAACAGCCUUACAAGAUGGUGUUGGCAUGAACACCUUCAGCCAGGAAAGGGAGCUACUAAAGAGGUGGGAGUGUUGCAGAAAAAAUUAAAAGUGCUACAUCGACUGCUGUUGCAACUGCAAACACUCAAAGGUAGAAAUAGGGUUGUUUAACUGACUGGGUGGCCUUGUGAGUGAAUAAAGUCCUCAAAACAGUUUUGUAUUGUACUCUGGGUUUUCUUAAAUCCUUUCAGCAAGCCAUGCAAGAGCUCACUUUACUCCUAGCGUGUGCCAUUGUCCCACAGCUUCCUCAUGCUGCCAGAGUCUGUGAACACACACGUUUCCCAUCACUUCCUCUUCCCAUCCAUUUCAAUAGAGCAACCAGAGGGCUAGCUGUGCUUAAGAGAAGGUCUGCAAUUCCUCAGCAAUGCUUGAUAACUUGAGAAUUUGAGUUGUAGAGAGGUUUACUGGCAGCCAGAAUCUUUUCUCUGAAGUGGCAUUAGUCUGUCAUUUUUUUCUUGGUGCUGACCAUUGUUCUGCUUCCAACUUCUCAAAUGCUUGUAAAGGAUUUGUAGCAGCUGUACAAACUUCUCAGCCUUAGCCUUCUGUGAACUGCUACAUCUAAUUCUUCUUUUCCC